CAUCCUUGUCCUUCUCUCCCUCCCCAUUCCAUCAUCUCUCCUCUCACUCGUGGCCGUCUCCCUCCCAUGGUGCCUCUCUCCACGCCGACGCGAUUGGGGGUUGUCAACAAUCCAGCCGCGAAAUUUGUAGCCAUCCUCCGCCUAUCCGCUAGGCAGCGGCGCUCCCGUCGCAUCUUCUGCCCUGCCUCCUCCUCCACUCUGCCUCUCUCUCUCUCACAGGCAGAAGAAGCACCGAGGCUUUCGACAGAUUCAGCAGCCAGCCUCCGCGUCUGCUAAGCUGCUGUGUUCCACUUCGCGGACAUUCCCUCCCUCUCUCCCUCCAGCCCCGACAAAAAAAAAGUUGGAAUUUAAGUUUUGGAAUUUUUAGCCGUGGCGAGUUGGUUUUUGUCCGCGCGUGAAAGUCAGAGCGGAGUAGCAAGCAAGCGCGUAGCAACAUCAACAACCACCACCAACAACCACAACAACAACAACAAAGCCUAGCAAGGUUGAAGCGCAUCUCCAGCGGACUUGCAGGAGAUUGUCACGGACAAAGAUGUCCAAUUCCAAGGGCAAGGAGCGAGGAGUCGGGGGGACUCAGCCCAGCACCCCCUCGGCUCCGGGCGGGGGCCUUGACCACAACAAGGGACCCCACCAGCAACAAGGUCAUACUUCACCCAUCGGUGCACAGAGCUCCGGGGCACGCGUACAGGUGCAGGAGCAGCAGGAGGAAGAGGAGAAGCUGUACAAGUGCUGCGGCUGCCGCUUCCCGCUGUUCGCCGCGAUCCUGCAGCUGCUGUUCGGAGUGUCCAUCGCCGUGGUGGCCUUCGUGAUGCUCGGUGUGGCUCCUCUGGCGAUCAGGGAUACUCCGCACUGGGCCGGCAUCCCCGUCUGCAUCGUCGCCAUCAUUGGACUGGUCGUGCUGUGCGUGAACUACAAGGCGGAGGAGGACACUUCGCUACAAUUCUGCACAAAAAUCACGUACUUCCUGCUGUGCGUGCUGGGCAUGGCGCUGAGCCUGCUGGCCGUGUCCUUCUGCGGGCACCACUACACGCAGCUCACACGCUAUAGCUGCCAGCUCAACGCGCGCAACGGCACGUGCGAGUGCCGCGUCGACCCCAGGGACCCAAUCGCGCGGGUCGUGCGCUACGCGGGCGUCAGCGACUGCUCCGACGUGACGGGCAGCCUCAAGGCGUUCCUGCUCCUGCAGGUCGCCCUCAACCUCCUGCUCGCCAUUGUGUGCCUGCUCACAUGCUACAUCAUGUGGAAGCACCGCUACGAGGUCUUCUACUCGGGGCUUCGUCUCUUCGCCGUGACCAGCGUCGGAGCGGCGGAGGCGAGCAAGCAGAAGGUCUAGGGAGGGAGGAGUCGUUGGGCGAAGCUGCCAACUCGUGCUGGGUUUGCCCGGGGGCAAUGUUGUCGUGUCAAGGUGCCAGGCGGAGCGUUACACCACAGGUUCGCGAGAGGCUGUGGCGGUGGUUUGGGUGGAGGCCUUUAUCCAGCGGUGGAUUGACCGUGGUUGAUGAUGAUCGUGAGUCUCGGUUUCAGUCUAUCCCGGUGUCCCGAAGCAAUUUGCAAAAUUAGGGAUUUUUGUCCCCCGGUUUAAACAUUUCUGGCCUCAUGCUUGACCCAUGAUGUGGGCAAAGGGUGAGGGCUACUCGAGUAGUGGUGGGCAGAGUUGGGUACUACGGUGGCGAGAUGUUAACUGCCUCGCCUGGUAUACAGGAUGAUGUAGGAUCGAUCCCGACCCUGAUGCCUGCUGUAUAUUUGGAGUUUGCGUGUCUCUCUCUCCGUGGUCACGUGGGUUUUUCUCCGGGUCCUCCGGUUUUUCCCUCCACAUUUGCUUGCUAUGAAUUUCCACGUGAUAAUCCACUUCGUUGAGCUAUCAUUUGUGGCCAGCUUGCUUCUGAAAAAGAGCUAUACAUCCCAGUGGGCCUUAUCCUGGUAAAAUAAAAAUAGUUUAGUAAUAUUGGAGUGGGUGGGGCCUAUGGACGGUAGGCGCUGUGGGCGGGGCUAGUGGCUGAGUAGGCGUGGCCAUUGAAGCCGAUUGAGGGAGGGGUCUGCCAGAUCCACCCACGUGCCCUGGAUGAGCCUUCCAGAAAUGUUGUAGCAUUCGUUACGGGUACAAUUUGCGGCAUUUAUACUGAUAGGAACCACCUGGUUCCACCAGCCCACAAGGGAUUAUUGUGUCCGUCCGUCUGUUGUGCAUCCAAAAAUGGGAGGGGCUGGGUGGAG